AUGAGUGAGAUGAGGAAAGACAACGCUGUCGUCGAAGUCUCGGUCUACGCGCUUGCGCUUACGCUCAACGGUCUCUUCUCUCUUUCCGCUGCUCAAUCCACAUCUUCCAUAGGCUCCGUGGCGCAAUAA